AUGUCACAUUCAACACCAAUUAGUACUUAUAAUUUAGCUUUAAAACCAUUUCAACCAGUACCUGCAAUUACUGAUGAUUUUCCAAUUACAAUUAGAUUAACUUUAGCUUCUUUAGAUCCCGAAGCAGAUGAUGAUAAAGCUGAACCAUCAACUUUAAGAAUAUUGAAAAAAAGUGAAUUUAUUGAUGAUGAUGAAGAAGAUGAUGACGAAGACGACGAAGAUGAUGAAGACGAAGAAGAUGAAGAUGAAGAAGAAGAUGAAUUAGAUGAAACAAUUAAAGCCAAUGGAUCAAAAGAUAAAAUUGAAAUUGAUGAAGCAGAACAAGAUGAUGAUUUAGAUUUAGAUGAUGAAGAUGACGAAGAAGUAGAUGAAGAAGAAGAUGAAAUUUCAGAAUAUAUUGUUUGUACAUUAUCACCAAAACAUCAAUUUCAACAAACUCUUGAUUUAACAAUUACCCCAGAUGAAGAAGUUUAUUUUGUUGUUACAGGUUCUUACCCAAUUCAUUUAACUGGUAAUUAUGUUGAACAUCCAGCUGAUGAAACAGAUGAAGAAGAUGAAGAUUAUGAUGAAGUUGAUGAAUAUGAUGAUGAAUAUGAUUUAACUCCUGAUGAAGAUGAACUUAUUCAUGGUAUAGAUUUUAAUGAAGAAUACGAUGAUGAAGAUGAUGAAGAUGAUGAAGACGAAAGAGAAGAAUCAGCAGAACCAGGUAAAAUUGAAGAAUUAAAGGAUGAUGAAGAAGAAGUAGGAGAAUCAAAAGAAGAACCAAAAGAAAAACCAUCACCAUCAUCUAAAAAAAGAGCAAAUGAUGAAACAAAAGAAUCAAAAAAAUCAAAAAAAUCUAAAAAUGAUUCAUCAAUUUCAAAUGAUGAAAAAAAAUCAGUUCAAUUUUCAAAAAAUUUAGAACAAGGUCCAACUGGUUCAACUUUAGUUAAUGAUAAAAAGAAAGAUAAAUCUACCAAAGAAUCAUCAAAAGAAUCAAAAGAUUCUUCAAAAGAUUCAAGUUCAAAAGAUAAAAAAUUCCCAACAAAAACUUUAUUAGGUGGUGUUAUAACAGAAGAUAGAAAAAUUGGUUCUGGACCAAUUGCAAAAUCAAAUAAUAAAGUUGGUAUUAGAUAUAUUGGUAAAUUAAAAAAUGGUAAAGUAUUUGAUAAAAAUACAACUGGUAAGCCAUUUAGUUUUAAAUUAGGUAAAGGUGAAUGUAUUAAAGGUUUUGAUUUAGGUGUUACAGGAAUGAGUGUUGGAGGUGAAAGAAGAGUUAUAAUUCCAGCCAAAAUGGGUUAUGGAUCUCAAGCAUUACCAGGUAUUCCAGCUAAUUCCGAAUUAACUUUUGAUAUAAAAUUAGUUUCAUUAAAAUAA